CGAACUUGUCCGUAACCGCAAACUUCAACGGCACCCAUGAACACGCUUACACUUCUCGCUUUCAUCGGCCUCGUUGCCGUCGCCCUUGGCGGCUACGUGGCUGCCCCAGUGGCUGUUGGCUACGGCCACGGCCACGGGGGCUAUGGCCUUGGAUAUGGUCACGGCUACGGUUAUGGCGGCUAUGGCGGCUACGGAUAUGGUCAUGGUCCCUUCGCCAUCACCACCGUCACCAAGACUGCCCACGUCGCUCCUUCCCGCGCUGUGGCUGUCAGCUACGGACACGGCUAUGGACACGGAUAUGGUCUGGGCUACGGGCACGGCCUUGGAUACGGCUAUGGCGGUCAUGGUUACGGUGGUGUUGUGAAGGCUGUCGGCCUCGGCUAUGGCCACGGAUUUGGCUAUGGUCAUGGCUACGGCUAUCAUGGCUGAAUUAUCAGUUAUUGAAAGGAGAGAGUUUUACUACCGGAAGAACGGGGCCGGCAAAAGUGCCAUGAAGAUGGUUUGUUCGAUGCGUAGGCCCUCCAAAUAAACAAGUCUAUUUAUUUCCAAAAUAAAUUGCAAUGAGCAUUUUUUUUACAAA